AUGGGCCAAAAGGUGAGCAGCCCUUUCAACAAGCCACACUCCGGUGCUGGCGGCGUGCUUCGCGAUUCAUCCUCAACCACUUGUACCUCAACGAUUACACCCGUCCACCAGACUGGCGAAAAUGGAAGCUCACAUGCCGAACACAGCCUACACGGCCACCUUCGCAGUCCAUUCAUCGAACCACCACGGCCAGCUCGUCUAGACCUUCUACUGGACAUUCCACUAGCCACCGAGGAGACGCAAAAGGAGCACGGCUGGAAUGAGGCCGAUCGAUCGCUCAACAUCUUCGUCCUGGAGGACGACCCCCGAGUCGUUCACCGGCACCCGGUGGCGCAAAGUACCGACUGUGUGCGAGGCCGCGUCGGCUACAGCUCUGGCCUGCACGUCUGGGAGAUCAAAUGGCCCAUUCGGCAGCGUGGAACGCAUGCUGUCGUCGGCGUGGCCACCACCGAAGCCGCCCUCCACUCUAACGGCUACCUGCCGCUGGUGGGCUCUACCGCCGAGUCCUGGGGCUGGGACCUGGGGCGGAAUGUGCUCUACCACGACUUGAAGCUAAACGAGAGCAGCAUGAACCUGAACCCCGCCGCGUACUACACCAUGGGCCGCACCUAUGAGCACCAGUUUGCUCCCAACUUUAUCGCCCCGGAGACCUUUCUCGUCGUGCUCGACAUGGACGAGGGUACGCUGUCGUACAUGGCCAAGGGCCAGUUCCUGGGCGUCGCCUUCCGCGGACUGAAGGGCAAAACUCUCUACCCCAUCAUCAGCUCUGUCUGGGGCCACUGUGAAAUCACCAUGCGCUACAUCAACGGUCUAAAACCCGAGCCAUCUCCACUGAAAGACAUUGCCCGUUGUGCCAUUCGCAAGCAAAUGGGCAGGGAACGACUGCCACUCAUUAAGUCUGAUCUGAUGAUACCUGAAGUGCUCAAGAAGUACCUGCUCUACCAGGACCACCCACUGAAUGAGAUGUGGAAACCACUUUGA